CGUAUAAAUAUAUGAUUACCAACUGAAGUACGAUUUCUUUUCCCCCGGUUCAAAGUGCGAGGCCAGUACGUUAUAACACUUCAGUUGAAACAUAUAUGUUCUUUUAUUUCUUUCUUCUUCUCGCUAACGACCCGUCUAAAAGCUCUGGAGAAUCUCGCGAGUUUGAAGAAAUGGCUAGAAGCAGAGUCGGGGGACAUAUUUUUAGAUUCGCGAAGCAAAACUGGAAAUGAUUACUAUAUAUAUAUAUAUACACGGUAAUGUUCCGAGGGGGUAAGAAGGACUUUUGAAGAAAUGACACGACCCGCGCAAGUGUGAAGAACGGAAAAAAAAUUGGGUGUUGAAAAAUUUAAAUACAAGCUCUCAUUUACAACGCCGCAUGGGAUGGUUCGUUUCGCCUAUGACUUGAUACUUAACAUUGGAGAAAAAAUCUUUUCGUAAAGGUACGAGGAGCCGGCGUAUAUCGAAGCCGAGUCUUUAAAGCUAAGUAAAUGCUCUUUAAGCUUCCUAUAUCCUUUUGGCUUUUACCUCCCCUGGUGAUAUAAAGCUGCAGUAUCCAGUUGCUCAGCUAUUCACACAAUUACGAACGUCUCUGUUUUCGUUAAAAUUUACUUGUGAUUCUACACCAGAUGUCAUUUGUCGCGAUAAUCGUAACCGACGGAAAAUUUGAGAAUUCGUUUACAAGUCAAAUUUAAUAUGUAUUCGAAAAAGAGAAGAAAAAUUCGAAGCAGAAGGAUCAAGUUUCGAUUGAUCGGGAUUUACGUUGAGAGAAAAAAUCGUGAAGAUGUACGAAAUUUGGCUGUAAUUCUGGCUCAUGAAUAGCACAGGAUUAUUCUGGCAUGGAUUACACGAAAGCGCGGUUGACACGAAACAGAAAUUUCUCAGGACAUGAUACCAGCUGGCUGGUUGAAGCCAGAAACACUGGCUUUGUACUGACAAACGGGCAUCGAUCGAUCUUCGAAACGAUGAAAGUGAUAGUAUUUUAUACGCGGGGUACCACAGUAGCAAACCUGGUUAUCGCAUGUUAUCAGUAAAUGGUCAUUUGUGUAUCACGCUAUACCGGAGCUUUUUCCGAGGCUACGCUAAAUUUUCACAUUCUACCCCUGUCUGACGCUACAGCGAAACGUGAUCAAUUUAAUUAAAAAUUGAAAGGAAAGAAAAAUUGUCGAUUCCGUUUUAAUACACGAAAUUUUUUCAUCACGCCAGUAAGAUUGAAUCUAAUUCACCCUCGUAAUAAUAUCUACCCCGGAGUAUGUGUGGAUAAAAGAAUCGAGUCAAAGUGACCUAUACAUCGAUAUGUUGAUAUACUAUACAUUGCGAGUCAACUUAUAUAGGGCAAAUUAUUUUCAUCUCGAUAGUUUGUUCCCAAGUGCCGGGGAGUGGGGCGAUCGAUUUGUCUUCUGCGGGUCAUCGACCGCAUUGUUAGAAUCACGCACUUCCUCUUCAAUGAAAAACGCGAAUGUUUUAGAUUUACUUCGGAGAAUUACUGAAAUAGCAUUUCUCCAAUGUUACAAACGAUUGUAUCUCGUUCGCCGUUGACGUAUAAAUUUUUCGGACCGUUAUUCGAGUAAUUUUCGCGGCCGUUCGGGGGUAAGCGGACGACAAUUUUACAGAGCAGGUAAUUAGCGUUGCUUCGAGAACUGCAAGUUGAACAGAAAACGAUAAUAUAUUCAUGACCCGGUUCACGACGUUACAACGACGAUUACCGCGACCCUUGUAAUAUCAGCAUAUUUCGAUUUUACACCUAUACGUCGUCACACGUGUGACGAUGACGAUUAUUCGCUAUUCAAAUAUUGCCUCAUUCCGUGCACCCUUUUUAGCGAGAUCGUUACCGAAGAUCGUGUCCAGAAUAAAUUAGUACCCCUAGAGAGGUGGAGAGAAAUUCAAGAAUUAGGAAAAUGACACACUUCGCGACACCAUCGGCUACUCGGUCGUCAUACACGUCGGUCGCUUAUGUGUCAAAAAACGGACGACGAUAUUCCCGAUUCUUCUAUUUUAAGGUCUUACCCGGUCUCUACGUGGGUAAUUAUCGGGACAGCAAGGACGCUGCUCAGCUGGAACGAUACGAGAUCACUCAUAUUCUCGCCAUCCACGACGCCGCACGGCGCCUGCAUUCCGACAAGCAUUACCUCUGUAUCUUAGCUGCCGAUACUCCCGAUCAAAAUCUAACGCAAUACUUUCCCCUCUGCAACGACUUUAUUCACGCAGCUAGACUGAGGGGUGGAAACGUUCUGAUUCACUGUUUAGCCGGGAUGUCCCGCAGCGUUACGGUGGCUGUGGCAUACAUAACGAGCACAACGGAACUCUCUUGGAAAGAGGCAUUGAAAGUUGUGCGAGUCGGUCGAGCGGUCGCAAAUCCCAAUGUCGGUUUUCAGCAACAGCUCCAAGAUUUCGAAGCAACGCGUCUCCAGGAGGAAAGACGUAGAUUGAAGGAACGGUUUCCCAGUCUGGCCCUCGCAGCAUCGGACGGGGAGAUUUGCCGGGCAGCUUUGUGCAAUUACGAAAGUCUGGCGUUGGCCAGAGAAGUCUGCGAAGGAAAAUGCGCCAUGGGUCGCACCUGUCCGACCGGCCUCUGCAGGCAACCGUCCAAAAGGACUCUGAGGAGGAAGUCAUCGACCACGAGUACAACCAGUUUAACGACCGGCAGAACACCGCCACAUUCGCCGAGGAUGCUACCGUCCGCACCACCUUCUCCGUCGUUCCCUAGAUCAGCCAGUACGAUCUCCUCGGGCCAGAGACCACGCAGUGGACCGGCAGGUCUUCAUUCUUACACAGGAUCUGCACCCCCGUCCAGAGCUGUGUCUCGGGUGGAUCUUUCCAGCGCUGUUGCCUGCAGCAGCAGCAGCAGCACUACGAACAUUUCAACGAUAGGUAGAAGCGGAGCGGCGUCCACCCCGGCUGGAAAUAAAUGGAAACUCCGCACAGGAUCGGCUCCUGCGACUCCGAGAGCUACACCGCCAGCCUCUCCUCAGCACUGGCCACGCUCUAAUCUCGGAGUUCAAUCGUCUCAGCCGAGAGUCCCACUGUCUCCGCAACUCCAGCCUCGUAAUCAGACCGAAUCAAGAAAUUCGAUAACGUAACGGUAGGACUACGAUAGUCCUGAGUCCGUCGGGUCACGGGUGGGGUGACACAUGUUUCCUGUAUCGAAGAGAGUUGCCAGUUUUUCCCUGAAAAUUAGCAGCAGAAGUUUGAUGGGGGAUGGGUAAAUCAUCGACGAAGUUUAUGUAGCAAACUAAAAAUGUUCCGUCAGCAUUCGAGUUGUUUUUCAGUACCGUCCAUAUAAUUAUGAGUCGUUGAAGAGUAUUUGCAACGUCGGAUCAAUCCGGAGAUCUGUGAAAAAUGAAUGAUGUAUGAAAAUGACAAAAUAAAAUCAGGACAAAACUGUAAAAAUAUUGUUUUAGUAUCCAAGUUAACGUCGUGAUUGUUGUUACGUAUAUUCUACACGUAUGAAUAAUAUUAUACAAAAUAUUAUACAGAUGCAUACAUGUUAUAACGAUUGUUGCGCGCGAAGAUCAGAUUAUAUAUUAAUUGAUACAGAUAUUACAGAAUAUCACGGAAUAUUAUAUUGGAAAAAAAUUUUAUGUAAUUGUUGUCGAACUAUACUUAUCCAAAUGAUGAGUAUAUCGAUAUUAUUAUAUAGUCUAUAAUAUUAUAUCGUUGUUGAAUGGAUCACUCACAAGUCCGCACAUUGGAUACAAUUGAAUGCACGUGAAAAGCACCAUAAAUGUCCAACAAGCACCAAUCUACCGAGCACUCGCUGAAACUAUCGUAUUAAUUUCGCGGUAAAUUGCUGAUUUUCACAAAUAAUACGACCAAAAAUAUUUUCGGUUAAAAGCUACAAAAAAAUUUCAUCAUCAAUUCGUAAUUGAAUGAAAUGAUUGACGUACAAUCGUUUUUUUUUUUUUUUCUAAUUCUCCGUCAAUUUCUUAGAAAGGACUUGCACAGCGAAAAAUUGGAAAAUAUAAAUUCUGUCGAAUAGGGGAAUUCAUACGAAUCACUUUAUCCGCGCAAACAUGGAAAAGUCCUCCGUCAUAUCUUAUAACGAUGUGAUUGUUACUACAAUCUGGCGAGGAAUAAUCAAUUAGUAUUAAUGUCACGCGCCCAAAAUUAGUGCAGCACGUUACAAAUUAUUAUUGAUAUUAAUUAUAGAAUGGUCAGAAAAAUCUGCGAUAGCUUGAAUGCCUUAGCUAUAGUAUGCCACUAUUUUUACGUGUAGUUCUAUAACACAUACAUAAUAAUGAAAGAUAUCAGUAUGAAAUAUUGAGAUGACAUCCCUCGUUUAUCAUAGUGAAAUAAGGUAAUAUAAUUCAAAUAAAAUCGAUGCGAUUUUGCUUGAUCAUAUCGAGUUGUUAAGUUUGAUAUGAUAAGUUAAAAUGGGUUGAGGAUUCUUUAAUGAAUACAAUAAUAUUAACAUAAUAAUACCAGUAAUAAUAAUAACAAUACAAUUAUUAUUAUUACCAAUAUACUUAUACAUUAUAAUAACACUAACGUUAACGGGUGCUAUUUUUAAAAUAUAUCGCUAAGAUUAUUGCCACUAGUUAUUAUAGUAGUGAAAGGGAGUUUACUCCUAGACAAGUUCAAGGAAAUAUUGUGCAAUUUGAUGAGGAAAUAUGGCUAGUCGUUGUUGCAACGAAGAUUCGUACCUUCUUCACCUUAGUGGUUUCGAGUGGAGAGAAACACGAAUUCUAAAAAUUGCAGUAUGAAAGCACGAAAAUCUUUUUCUUUCGCACAUCACGAGCAAACUACGACUAGCUAUAAAGAGAGAUGGAACGGAUGGUUGUGAAAAUUGUACCUACUAUCGUCGGUUGGAACAUGUUAGACAAUUGCCAGGAUAAUUAUUUGGCAUGAAAGUGCUUGAAAAUAUCAUAAAAUUUCCCGGCUACGCUUGCGAUAAGGUUCAACAUAUGAAAUAUGAUAAAUUGCAGCUUGAAUUUACAGAAAGAAAUGAGCGAAGAUGCAAAUCGCUGUAUCAUAAAACUGUUAACAACUGCAGUAGGAGUUGUUUGGUCGUUAGAAUCAGACGUAGAUUAACAUUUCAAGAACUUUGUACCUGAAUCAAUGAAAUCCUGAAAUUUGUAUACAUGUAUUUCAUCAUUUGUGAUUUAAAUUAAUUUUCUGAGAUACAUGCGGCUGGAUAAAUCAAGGAUAGAUGGGUGUGAGGGUAAAAUAAGGAAAAAAAUUCGGGAUUGCUCGGCAGUAUUUGUAUCGUGCAAAAAAACCAAAUAAAUAACUCGAACCGAGAGAUAGGGAUUGUCUCAGUACACAAACUGCGCCGACAGUGCAGAAGUUUCUUUCUAAAAAUUUCUCAUUUAUACAUUUAAAACGUUUCGUGCUAAAAAAAGCUGCGAUAAAAAAUUGUUCAAAAAGCUUAAUAAAAAUUUCUUUCACAAA